CUCGCCGAGCAUUUCCAAGUUGACUGUCUCCCGCAUGCUCUCCAUGACCGACGGGCAGAUAUUGCUCCAGUAUUGAUCUGUACCAGAACGUGACACCUUUACCGAUAGAUAGAGUCACUUAGACGGCGGACAUGGGGCGGAAAGCGACCCUCGCGACGUGCUCCUUGAACCAGUGGGCUUUGGACUUUGAAGGGAACCUGGAGCGGAUCCUGAAGAGCAUUGAGAUCGCCAAAGCUCACGGCGCCAAAUACAGACUGGGCCCGGAGCUGGAGAUCUGCGGUUAUGGCUGCGCAGACCACUUCUAUGAGUCGGACACGUUGCUCCACAGCUUUCAGGUCCUUGGGAAGCUUCUAGAGUCUCCUGUCUGCCAGGACAUCAUCUGUGACGUGGGCAUGCCCAUCAUGCAUCAUAAUGUGCGCUACAACUGUCGGGUCCUUUUCCUUAACAGAAAGAUACUGCUGAUCAGACCUAAGAUGCUGAUGGCCAACUACGGGGUCUACAGAGAGCUGCGCUGGUUCUCACCUUGGAAGCAUUUAAGGCAGGUGGAGGAGUAUUUUCUACCCCGAAUAAUCCAGGAGGUAACAGGACAGGACACAGUCCCUUUCGGCGACUGUGUGCUGUCCACAAAGGACACCUGCAUCGGCACUGAGAUAUGCGCGGAGCUGUGGAACCCCAGAAGCCCACACAUUCAGAUGGGUCUGGACGGGGUUGAAAUAUUUACAAAUUCGUCCGCCAGCCACCAUGAGCUCCGCAAAGCUGACCUAAGAGUCGACCUGGUCAGGUCGGCCACCAUCAAGAGUGGCGGAAUCUACCUUUAUGCCAACCAGAGGGGCUGUGAUGGAGACCGCGUCUACUAUGAUGGUUGUGCCAUGGUGGCCAUCAACGGAGACAUCGUGGCUCAGGGAGCACAGUUCUCUCUUAACGAUGUGGAAGUGAUUACAGCCACCCUUGACCUUGAGGAUGUGCGAAGCUACCGAGGGGAAAUUUGUCAGCCAAACAUGGAAACUGAACCCAAACCGUGCCACAGGGUCAAAGUUGACUUUUCUUUAUCCAGUGGUGACGAUAUGUACCUCCCUACCCACCAACCAAUACCAUUGCACUUCCAUUCCCCAGAGGAAGAGAUCAGUCUCGGGCCGGCCUGCUGGCUGUGGGACUACCUGAGGAGAAGUGGACAGGCUGGUUUCCUGUUGCCUCUGAGCGGGGGUGUGGACAGCUCCUCCACGGCCUGCAUUGUCCACUCGAUGUGCGUGCUGAUCUGCCGGGCCGUAGAGGACGGCAACAGCCAGGUACUGGAGGAUGUCCGCAGAGUUGUAGCGGAUGCCUCCUACCGCCCUGAGCACCCGAGGGAGCUGUGCGGUCACAUCUUCACCACUUGCUACAUGGCCAGCGAAAACUCCUCAGAGGACACAUGCAGCAGGGCCAAAGGCCUGGCCAAUCAGAUCGGCAGCACACACAUAAACAUAAACAUAGAUAUGGCAGUGAAAGGCAUUCUGGGUAUCUUCUCAGUGUGUACUGGCAAGUGGCCUCAGUUUUGUGUCAACGGAGGAAGCCACAGAGAGAACCUGGCUCUGCAGAACGUACAGGCCCGUGUCAGGAUGGUCCUGGCCUACCUGUUUGCCCAGCUGGGUCUGUGGGCCCGGGGGAAGCCAGGCGGAUUGCUGGUUCUGGGAUCAGCCAACGUAGACGAAAGUUUGACAGGCUACUUCACAAAGUACGACUGCUCGAGUGCUGACAUCAACCCCAUCGGAGGCAUCAGCAAGACGGACCUGAAGAGCUUCCUGGUCUACUGUGUCGAGCAGUUCCAGCUCACCGCUCUGAGAGGCAUCCUGUCGGCUCCGCCCACAGCUGAGCUGGAGCCGCUGAAGGACGGCCAGGUGUCACAAACCGAUGAGGCCGACAUGGGACUGACCUACUCCGAGUUGUCUGUGAUCGGGCGGCUAAGGAAGAUCUCCAAGUGCGGCCCCUUCAGUAUGUUCUGUAAACUCAUCCACACGUGGAGGGACGCGCUCUCACCCGCAGAGGUGGCCCAGAAGGUGAAGCACUUCUUCCGGAUGUACUCGAUGAACCGCCACAAAAUGACCACGGUGACGCCGUCCUACCACGCCGAGAGCUACAGCCCCGACGACAACCGCUUUGACCUCCGACCUUUCCUCUACAACACGCGCUGGGCCUGGCAGUUCAGGAGCAUCGACGAGCAGAUCCCACUGCUGAGGGUUCCUUUGCUGGUGGCUGCUGCUGGAGGGGCAUCCUGGCAGGGCGGAAUGAAGGAGGCCCCGCCUCAAGCAGGACCUUUACCUUAAGGAUAAUCACAAUUAAAUAUUUUUCAUAUUUACAGUAUGUGAUUAGUUUGCAUAUUUGUCAAAAUCAUGGUGGUAUGUUUGACUGGAAAUGUAUUUUAAAGCUACGGUCCUCCAAUUACCUUACAUUAUUUUUUUUUUAUGUAUAUCUAUAGCUUUAAGAAAUUAUAUUUAUAUUAUGAUUUAAAGUUCAUGCUUCAAUUGUUGAGGUGGUAAAAUCCUUUGUUGUCACAGAGGAAAAGGAUACAGAUUUUAAUAUGUAUUGUUCUCAUUGCUAUCCUGUAUUAAGAGAAUUUAGCGAUGCUUGUGGCUCAUUGACUGUACUGUAUUAUGUAAUGUGUAUUAUUCAUAAUACACAUUCUGCCCACACACUCACUGUAGGAAUGUCCUGGGAUGUUUCUUUUGGGGGGUUUAACAAAAUGACUAAACAAACCAAUGAUUCUACGAGGCUGGUUCAAACUUAAAAAUGAAAUUACUUUUACAGUAUGGUUUGUUUUAAGUUUAAUGACAAAAGGAAUUCCUUUACGUGGAGGAUGCAUUAAGGAAUGCAGUGGCAUAGAAGGAAAAAAAUAACGUUUAAUUAGUUGUGAUAGGGUUGAUUACGGUUUUAUAAUUUCAUGCUCGCUGUCAAAUUAGACAGUUUAUUUGAACACUUGUUAUGGGGACUGACUGUCUAGAUGGUAACCUGCAUUUUAUGAAAACUUGCAGCAAGUCUUGCUGCCCAUUGAGCAUCAUCAACCAUUCACAAUGUCUGGUUUCUGCUGUUUCUCAAGCGUGCG